UCAGUCACCGAGACGAUGUCUGAUUCCAGCUCCAAGACGAGAUUGUGCGUGAUGUCUUGCAUGCCAUGGAACGAUGGUGUCAGCGUCUGUGCCGCGUGAGAUGGGGUGAAACUAAAAGACAGUCGAGGGUUCCUCCUCUGCUCCUUUUCUUUCCCCUCCCCCCUGGUUGGACCCACGAUGAGAGUGUCGAAACGUGCACUGGUCAGGCUGGUCCUGACAUGGGUCCAUCUUCAAGAGGUACUGGCUCAUCCGAUACGUCAAGAUGAAGAAGAGGCGCAGUGGCACAAGAAAUCAUGGCAAAAGACCAAACGAUCGGUCGGGGAUCCGGGCAUGUUGGAUGUGUAUAUUGUGACGCUCGCCGAUGGUGCGGAUCUCACGGCGCACCUGACCUGGCUGUCGGGUGAGUUUGACACAUGAAGGGGACACGGCUCAUAAGCAGGUAUACUUGUGGCGAAUGGAGGUGCGGCGAUCCCUGGAUAUCCAGUGGCUCCCCCGCCGGAUAGCGGAGCGCCAGGGACAGCUCCAGGUGGUCCAGGCCGCGGCGCUGGUUCGCCAGGAGGAGGUGACGGCGGAGCGCCCGGAGGAGGAGGAGGAGGUGGAGGUGCAGGUGGACCCGGAGGGCCUGGAGGAGGAGGAGAUGGCGGAGGAGCCGGACCAGGCGGUGGAGGUCCAGGUGGUGGUGCGGGAGGAGGAGGAGGAGGAGGAGGUCCUGGGGGCGGAGAUGGGGGCGGUGGCGCAGGCGGACCCGGAGGGCCAGGUGGUGGUGCAGGUGGACCUGGUGGGCCAGGUGGUGGUGCAGGUG